CACAAUUGAGGCCACCAGAACCAGAGCGGCCCAAACCACAAUUUGUGAUAUAUUAGUUGACCACGGCAAUGCUCCUUUUCAAACCCUUAAGUUCAUAGCCAGAGUGGCUCAAAGGUAAUUUCAGUAAACAAUCAUAGAUGGCGUUAAAAAAAUUGUUCUGGCAUUUUGAUUCUUAAAUGAAUAUUAAUAGAGCAUAGUGGCCCAGAUCACUUGAGUCACUAUAGUAUCUGCCGCCAUUACGGCUCAUGUGACAUGGGCCACUCUGGUCUUUGGUACUUACGUGUAAACAUUUUUGGUGUUGUGGGUACAAAACUGGUGUUUUUACGCAAUAAGUGUGUAUAGAUUAGUUAUUAAUCUACGUGAACGUGCGGAAAGGUGUUGGCGGUACAGCAAUAAGCUUAAGAGGUAAGAAUACCUGUUAUUAGUCAGAUAUUUUCUUGUUUUUUCGAUGUCAAUAAAUUGUAACCUACAAAUUAACUUAAUUUUUACUAUUUUUGUUUCGAACAGAUCUAGCAGGAGCUACAAUGAUUGAAACUGAGAAUGAAGCUGCUGAAAACAUUGAGGAUGACAUACUAGACCCAGCAGAAGCUACAAUGAGUGCAACUGAGAAUGAAGCUACUGACAACAUUGAAGGUGACUUACGUGAUAUAUUUGGAUUGAGUCCGGUGGAGCCCUAUGAGGAUUCGGGUUCUGAGUAUGUCCCAGAACAACGUAGCAGGAGCUCAUCGAGGAGUUUACAAGACAUUCUUGGGGACUCGUCUACUGAAAACAAUGAAGAGGGUCAGCCAUCUUUUUCAACAAACAAAGAUACAAGGAAGCGUAUGCGCAAAGAAAGUUUAUGGAAAAAGAAUGUGAGAAAAAAUAAACGAGCUAGAGGUGAGGCAUACGUAAAUACAAAAGGCGUUCUCAUUCCUGCUAAACAAAUAGAUACAGGUCUUCAAUGCACCUGUAAUCAAAAAUGCCAUGACAAAAUUGUACAUGACAGACAAAAACAACUUUUUUCAAAGUUUUAUGCCCUAGCAAAUUUUGAUUUGCAAAGUGCAUACCUAUAUUCACUCAUACAUGUCGUGAUAAAAGCAAGGUCUUAUGUGAGAGUUAGAGAUACCACAUCGGAUCGGGUAGCUGGAAACGUCACAUCGAAGCCCAAGGAAUUUUCUCGAUUGUAUCACUUACCAGAGGCGAAUGGAAAACAUAUUCGUGUGUGUAAGUCAUUUUUUAAGCAAGUUUUUAAAGUAUCGGACGGACGCCUUACAAGGGUUCUGAAAAAUAAGCCUCUUGGCGAUCCCGCUCCCAUUGAUAAAAGAGGCCGGCACAUUCCGUCGAAUAAAACUCCAGAAACAAAAGUAAACGAAGUAAAGGAUUUCAUCAAUACUUUUCCGAAAUAUGAUUCUCACUACACAAGACACAAAAGUGAAUCGAGACAGUACUUGCCUCCUCACUUAAAUUUGUCAAUAAUGUACUCUGAAUACAAAAGUAAGGUUGCAGGACCAGUUUCAAAAUACAUAUUCGAAAAAAUAUUUAAUGAAAAUUUCAACCUCACAUUUCAUGCUCCAGUAACUGACUCAUGUAAGCGAUGUGACAAUUUCAAAGUAAAAAUUGACGCUUGCGAUAACAACGAGCUUUCUAAAAAAAAUGAGCUUACUAUCGCCAAAGAACUUCAUUUGCGAAAAGCAGAAUCUGCGAUGAAAAAUUUAAAACUUGACAUGCAAAAUGCGAAGCAGGAUAACGAUACUACCGUUAUAAUCUUUGACUUAAUGAAGACUCUCCCAACACCAGUAAUUUCAACUGGUAUUUGCUACUACAAGCGUCAGUUGUGGACCUACUGUUUAGGCAUUCAUAAUGCUGGUACAGACGAAAUGUUUAUGUAUGUCUGGGAUGAAUCGACAGCAUCCAGGGGACCACAAGAAAUAGGUUCAUGCCUCCUAAAAUUUAUCAGAGAACAUGUACACACAAAGAGGCUAAUCAUGUACUCUGACCAGUGUGGCGGGCAAAACCGCAACAUAAAAGUUGCAGCGUUAUGUAUGCAUAUUGUUUCUAGUCCUCAAUUUACAGUGGAAAAUAUAGACCACAAAUUUACGGUCAGCGGACAUUCUUUUUCAUCUUGCGACCGGGCUUUUGGCUUGGUGGAAAAACAAAAGAAGUAUUUCCCAGACAUAUACGUUCCCGAACAUUGGAACAAUGUGAUAUUAGCAGCAAGAAAAAAGAAACCUUUCAAAAUUGUGGAAAUGAAAGGAGAUGACUUUAUAUCCACCAAAGCCUUGGAAACUAAUAUCACAAACAGGAAGAUCGGCGUUGAUCGAAGUAAAGUUGAAUGGCUUAAAAUACAGUGGCUUUUGUACAAUAAAAGCCAUCCAUUCUCGAUGUUCUUCAAAUAUUCCAACGAGCCAGAAGUUCUUUUCGCAGAGGUUAAUUUCAGCAAGAGGUCAUCCAAAGAUACGUCAAACUUUGAACUCGAGAUUUUAUUUCCAGAGGGAAGAAAAAUCAGCCAUGAGAAAAAAAAAGACCUUCUAUGCCUUUUGGAAUAUGUUCCACCUAUCUAUCACCCUUUCUAUGAACAACUCAAAGUCUCCUCCAAUGCGGGGAAUGAACUAGAUGGUGCAAUUAGUGAUUCUUCGACUGAUUAACUGACUGGCUAAUUUAAUACUUUGUCAUGUUAUGCCUAAGAUAGUCUUAAGUUGAAAUAAAAACUAUAAUAAAUUAAUAAUAUAUGAGUUUAAGAUAAAUCUAAAGUUUAAUAAAAAUUACACAGUAAUAAAGGAGCUAGUUCUGAGUUUAAUUUGUAGUAUUUAAGUUGAAAAAUGACAAUUUGCAUUUAAAUUAAUAAAAAAGGUGAUAAGGUUCAUACAUAUUGGCCUAUUAUUUAUACACUGUUUAUAAAUAUAUUGUCAAUGCUAAGUGCCAUAGUGGCCUAUCUGCAAAAAAAAUUACAAAUAACAAAAAUACUGAUUAUUUUUACAGUUCAUCUAAAUUUUAUCAAUAACUAAUAUCAUAUUUUACAAAUUUUGAAUACAGUGUCUAUGAUUUUUUUUUUAAUUACAUCUACUUAAAAUUUCACCUUAACUAUUUUGGCACAUAUCCACAUAAUAGUAGCUUGUGUUUGGGUCACUCUGGUUCUGGUGGCCUCAAUUAAUAACAU